AUGGAAGCAAACGAUUUGACUAGUAUUACGGAACGUAAUAAAGAAUAUUUUAAUAACAUGUCAUCAGAAUAUGAUGCACAUCCUUUUCGUUUUCUUGUUGGAAAGAAAAGUGCAGAAGCAAUUUUGAAAGAAGUUGAAAACCUUGAAGGUCGUGAAGUUAUGGAUUUUGCUUGUGGAACUGAUUUAUGCGCACAUGUAAAAUCAAUUCUUGGAGUAGAUUUAUCUUCAAAGAUGGUAGAUGAAUACAAUAAAAAGGUUUGGCAACAAGGAAUCGACAAAGAAGAAAUGCAAGCAAUUUGUUUAGAAUUAAAAGAAUCCGAGGGUGACCAACUGAAUGGACGAAAAUUCGAUCUUGUUGUGUGUGCAUCAGCGUAUCAUCAUAUUGAGGAUGUUAAAUCAAUGACAAAAGUGCUAGCCAGUUACCUUAAACAAGAUGGAGAAUUAAUUGUUCUAGAUUUGAAAAAACAACCAGAAAUUUCACACAAGUUUCAUGGGGAAGCUAAUAAUUCUGUAUGUCAUAAGGGAGGAUUUGAUCCCAAAGAGUUAGAAAACAUAUUCUUGGAAACUGGUAUGCUUAAGGACGUUAGCUCAAAGGUAGCAUUCAAUUUUUUAAAACAGAUCGAAAAAGAUAAACCAGAACAUACAUUUGAAUAUUUGUUGGUGAAGGGAAAGAAAAUUUGA